CCUCACGCAUUCAAAGAACCUUUACCCUAUACGUUUAGAAAGGCUUGUAAAGCAGCAUAAUAAAUACUGAGGAUUUAAACUCCUGAGGUGAAUUUAAAGGAGUACAAGUGCAUGUUUUCAGGUUUACAAUGAAGAUGCAUCGAACCAGUCUUCUUAAAUUGUUUGGCCUGUUAUCUGCUCUGUCAGGAUCUUACGGUGGUAAAGUUUUGGUUUUUCCUGCUGGUGGAAGCCACUGGAUCAAUAUGAAGGUCCUCAUUGUGGAGUUGCAUUCAAAAGGUCACAUUUUCACAGUGAUCCGAGGAUCUGAUAGUUGGUACAUUGAAGAGCAGUCUCCUUAUUACACCUCCAUUACUGUGGAUAUUGGCAAAUUUGAUGAUGAUUUCAUGUUGAAGUUUAUUCCUCGUUUACUGAAGAUCCAAAGACAAGGAAGAACAUUUUGGAAUGAAAUGACACUUGUUGAUGAGAUGUAUGGCAGGUUAUUAGAAAUGCACCAGAAAAUAUGCGAUAUGACAGCCAAAAUGUUUAAUAACGAGACAUUGAUGAAUUCACUGGAGGAGGCCAAAUAUGAUCUUGUUCUUACUGAUCCUGCUAUUGGAGCUGGAGUGUUAGUGGCACAUCGUCUUGGACUCCCGCUUGUGUUAAAUGUCCGUUGGACCACGUACGGUGAAGCACAUUUUGAUAUAGCUCCAUCUCCCCUCUCUUAUGUGCCUGUUACAGAGUUUCAACUUACUGACAAAAUGACAUUUAUUCAAAGAGUCAUGAAUGUGGUGACAUAUAUAAUUGUUCUUUAUCAAAAUUCAAAAUACUUUGCUUAUCCUUACGAAGAGUUCACCAAGAAAUAUUUCGGUCCAGGAGUUGAUUUCGUCUACUUACUACGAAAUGCAGAUAUCUGGCUUAUGAGAAAUGACUUCACUUUUGAAUUUCCAAGACCUACAAUGCCAAAUAUCAUCUAUAUGGGCGGCUUCCAGUGCAAACCUGCUAAGUCACUUCCAGCUGAUCUUGAGGAAUUUGUGCAGAGCUCUGGAGAGCAUGGAGUCAUCAUCAUGUCUUUAGGCACCCUUAUUGCUCAUCUUCCACAGGACGUCACCAAUGAGAUCGCUGUGGCUUUUUCUCAACUUCCUCAAAAAGUUAUUUGGAGAUACACAGGACCGCAACCUGCAACCCUUGGAAACAACACAUUACUUGUGGAUUGGCUCCCUCAAAAUGACCUGCUUGGACAUCCCAAGACUAAAGUAUUUGUGGCACACGGAGGCACCAAUGGAAUUCAAGAGGCCAUCUACCAUGGGGUGCCUAUUGUGGGUCUUCCUUUAAUAUUCGAUCAACAUGACAAUCUGUUCAGAAUGCAAGCAAGGGGAACAGCAAAGGUUCUAGAUUUUGCAACCCUGGACAGGACUGUAUGUCUAGAUGCAUUAAAGGAGGUCUUGUAUGAUUCAUCUUACAGAGAAAACAUGCAGAGACUGUCCAGACUUCACCGUGAUCAGCCAAUGAAACCUCUUGAUCGUGCUGUCUUCUGGAUUGAGUUUGUCAUGAGAAAUGGAGGAGCUGCUCAUUUACGAACACAAUCUUUCAGAAUGUCCUGGAUUGCUUACCACUCAAUAGAUGUUAUUUUGACUUUAAUUGUCGCAGUUUUUACAUUUGUAUUUUUGACUGUUUAUAUAAUCAGACACUUUUGUUUUGUUUUAAUCAGAAAGAAAAAGAAAUGUGAGUGAUAUGCAGACUGAAUAAAAAACAGCCAUGUUUUUUUUUCAAUUAUAAUAACAUGUGUUUGUCUUUCUACAAUUAUUUGGAAAAAUGUUUUGGUUACAUCUGUUAAAUAAAGAUGUUUUCUGUUACUUACUUAUUGUUUUUUUAUUGUAUAAAACUGAAGUCUUAUUAUCUAUUAUAUUUUUUAUUAAUAACCAUGAGUGACUGUUUUACAAAGUUCUCUUCUACAAUUAAUUUCACCUUUGCAUUUAUGAUCAAUAUGUGAAAAUCUUUACUUUUCCAGUUUUGCUUUUGCUUUUUUUUAACUAAUUUUUGCCUGAAAAUGGAUUAUAGAUGCAAUAAAUGCCAUGAUAUUUCAAAAUAAUACCCAGCAAGCAAAUAUGCUUUAAAAAGACAUCUGUAAAGUUUAGUUUAAUGUGCGCACGUGAAAUUUUCACGUGUGCACACGAAACCAAACUUUAUUACAUUUUUGCUCCAUGUCCCCUUAGGGCCUCCGUAGAAUCUCCCAUAUUAUUUAUGUAACCAAAUUCAAGUGUGUUUUUGCUAGAAAUGGGCCAGACUAUAUCAAGUCUAUAGUUAAAGGAAUAGUCCACUCAUUUUCAAUAUU